AGCCCCCAUCCCUGGGUUUGCCUGAUAGUUUAUCUCUCUUUUGCAGCUGAGCUCAGCUCUGCCUCCGAGCAGGAAGAGACACGCCGGGAGAGGCGGCAAAACCAAACCGACUCUCUUGCUUCGCCACUUUUGCUGGAGGCAGCCAUGGCGGAGGGUGCCCUGAGGCAGGAGCUGUGCGAGGAGGCCUCUUGCUCCGUCUGCCUGGGCUUCUGCAGGGACCCGGUGACCAUUGCUGGCUGCGGCCACGCUUUCUGCCGGGCCUGCCUGACCCACAGCGGGGGGCCCUUGGAGGGGGCAGAGGCUUCGUGCCCUCUUUGCAGAGGACCCGCGCAGGAGGGGACCCUCCGGCCCAACCAGCAGCUGGCAAACACUGCGGAAAUAACCCAGAAACUCAGCCCUUCAGAAGGAAGCACCAAGAAGCGAAAGAGGGGGGUCUGCGAUCUGCACCAGGAGCCCCUGAAGCUUUUCUGCCGGGAGGACGAGGCCCCCCUCUGCCUGGUCUGCAGCAGAUCCCGGGAGCACAAAGGUCACCAGGAGAUCCCUCUGGAGGAGGCCUCCCAAGAAAACACGCCUCAGGCAGUCGUGGCCGGUAGAGAAGAGAGAGUUUGCCAGAAGCACCAGGAGCCCCUGAAACUCUUCUGCAAGGAAGACGAAGCCCUCAUCUGUCUGGUCUGUGACAGAUCCAAGGAGCACAGAGAUCACAAGAUCCUUCCUCUUGACGAGGCCUCCCAAGAGUGCAAGGAUUGCUUCUGCGGCUUUCUGGAGAGCCUGAAGAAGGGCAGAGAAAGAACUGUGGCAUGUAAAGCAAACGCAGAGAAGGAAAGCCAAGACCUGCUCAAGCGAGUGACGGGAGAGAAGCAAGAGACGGUCACCAAGUUCAGAGAACUGCGCUCAUUUCUGGAGGAACAAGAGAAACGUUUUCUGGCUCAGAUGGAAGAGGUGGAGAAGGAGGUGGCAAGAAAAAGGGACCAGGACCUGGCUGAAUUCUCUGAGGGGCUCUCCUCUCUGGACAGCCUCGCACAGGAGAUUGAGGAGAUGUGUCAACAGCCGGCCAGUGAACUCCUGCAGGGUGCCAGAAGCAUCUUGCAGAGGCAUGCAGAAAAAAAGAAAUUCAAGAUUCCAGUGCCUGUGCUGUUUGCACUGAAGUGGCAGAUCUGGGACCUCUCAAAUCUAAAUCCCCUUUUGGAGGGUGUCGUGAAGCAAGUCAAAGACUCUCUGGAUUCUGGACUUCACCUGCAGAAAGCAAAUGUGACUCUGGAUCCAGACACGGCCCAUCCGAACCUUAUUCUAUCUGAUGAUUGGGAAAGCAUGAGGGAUGGAGAAAAACCUCAGACUCUUCCAGACAAUCCUGAGAGAUUUGACACUUAUGGUGCUGUUCUUGGUUGUGAGGGAUUCACAGGAGGCCGUCAUUUCUGGGAAGUCCUUGUGGGACGUGAGGAAGAAUGGGCUGUGGGGGUGGCCAGAAAGUCUGUGAGGAGGAAGGGAGAUGGUAUCUUUAGUCCUGAGGAAGGGCUCUGGGUUGUGGGGAAGUGGGAAGGGCUCUAUAGGGCUUCCAUAGAAGAUGAUGACCUUCCCCUGACCCUGAGUGGGGAGCCCAAGAGGAUCCGAAUCUGUCUGAACUAUGAAGGGGGUCGAGUGGCCUUUUUCGACACUGAUCGAAGAGCCCUCAUCUUUGAGUUCUCUGGCGCCUCCUUCUCUGGAGAGACCCUCCUGCCCUUCUUUUGGGUGUAUGGAAAAGCCACCCUCAAACUCUCUUCUUAAGACUUUCUCUUCACGCCAGGAGCAUCAAUCAGAAAAUAUUGUUUCUCAGAAGCUCCCUCAUUUAGUCCUGUCAAGGUCUCUCCAGGCUCCCAGCCACGAAAACGGACUGGAGUAAAAUGGAAACAUUCCCCCCCCCCCCCCAAUACCUAAUAUUCCUCUUUUUUAUUUGUAUCUUAUCUGAAAAUAACAGCAACAUUUUUCAUUUGAUAAAUAAUAGCAGGCUGGUUGUCAAGGAGAGCUCUGAACAGAACAACUGAAAAGAUCCCACAGAGGAAAAUGAGGCCCUGCAAGUUUAAGUUAAUAUUCUGGACUUUCUCUCUUCUUUGGUUACGGGGCACCAACUGUUAGGAUUCACCUCUUCUCAGCAUUGCCUUUCUGGAGGGCUCUGAAGAUCCUUUCCCUGUCAAGGUUGCUACAAUCAACGCAGUUGUGUUUCAGACACCAGUAGCUGAAAAGAUGAUCUGCUAAUAAUAAAGUCAUGAUACCUUGAAAA